UCUUUCCUCCCCUCCUCCUCUCCUCUCUUCUUCUCUCCUUUCCCCUCUCCUCCCCUGUCCUCCUCUCUCGCUCCUGUCUCUCUUCUUUCUCUCUCUUUCACUCUCUCCUACUCUCUCCCUCUUUAUCGCACACACAUUCACCCUCCCUUGUCAAAUUACAAUAUUCAGCAGCAGCAAGACAUCAGCGUGUGUGUGCGCGCGUGUGUAUUUUCCACUCUUUCCACCGGCAAAAAACAAAAACAAAAACAAAAACAAAAAAACAAACAAAAAAAAAACAAAAAGAGAGAGAGAGAAAGAGAGAGAGAGAGGCUCAAUUCCAUCGCUGUUUGCACUGAGGGAAAAUGCAAUUAUUUAAAUGAAUCAUAAUAAAAUAAACCCUAAUGAUUUCUAACCAGGAGCCUCAGUGGGACUCAUCAUCACUCUAGUCUUCCCAGUUCCUAAAGAGUGGAGUUGAACUACAAGUGUUUGAACAAAGAAAAAGGGUCCCGGGAUUCUUGAGCUGUGCCCAGCUGACGAGCUUUUGAAGAUGGCACAAUAACAGUCCAGUGAUGCCUGACCAUGACAGCACAGCCCUCUUAAGCAGGCAAACCAAGAGAAGAAGAGUUGACAUUGGAGUGAAAAGGACGGUAGGGACAGCAUCUGCAUUUUUUGCUAAGGCAAGAGCAACGUUUUUUAGUGCCAUGAAUCCCCAAGGUUCAGAGCAGGAUGUUGAGUAUUCAGUGGUGCAGCAUGCAGAUGGGGAGAAGUCAAAUGUACUCCGCAAGCUGCUGAAGAGGGCGAACUCGUAUGAAGAUGCCAUGAUGCCUUUUCCAGGAGCAACCAUAAUUUCCCAGCUGUUGAAAAAUAACAUGAACAAAAAUGGUGGCACCGAGCCCAGUUUCCAAGCCAGCGGUCUCUCUAGUACAGGCUCAGAAGUACAUCAGGAGGAUAUAUGCAGCAACUCUUCAAGAGACAGCCCCCCAGAGUGUCUUUCCCCUUUUGGCAGGCCUACUAUGAGCCAGUUUGAUAUGGAUCGGUUAUGUGAUGAGCACCUGAGAGCUAAGCGCGCUCGGGUUGAGAAUAUAAUUCGGGGUAUGAGCCAUUCCCCCAGUGUGGCAUUAAGGGGCAAUGAAAAUGAGAGAGAGAUGGCUCCGCAGUCUGUAAGUCCCCGAGAAAGUUACCGAGAAAACAAACGCAAGCAGAAGCUGCCUCAACAGCAGCAACAGAGUUUCCAGCAGCUGGUUUCAGCUCGAAAAGAACAGAAGCGAGAGGAGCGCCGACAGCUGAAACAGCAGCUGGAGGACAUGCAGAAACAGCUGCGCCAGCUGCAGGAAAAGUUCUACCAAAUCUAUGACAGCACUGAUUCUGAAAAUGAUGAAGAUGGUAACCUGUCUGAAGACAGCAUGCAUUCGGAAAUCCUGGAUGUGAGGGCCCAGGACUCAGUGGGAAGGUCAGAUAAUGAGAUGUGUGAGUUGGACCCAGGACAGUUUAUUGAUCGGGCCAGGGCCCUGAUUAGGGAGCAAGAAAUAGCUGAAAAUAAGCCGAAAAGAGAAGGUAAUAAAGAGAGAGACCAAGGGCCAAACUCUUUACAUUCAGAAGGCAAGCAUUUGGCCGAGACCUUAAAACAGGAACUGAACACUGCCAUGUCACAAGUUGUGGACACUGUGGUGAAAGUCUUUUCAUCCAAACCCUCCCGCCAGCUUCCUCAGGUCUUCCCACCUCUUCAGAUCCCUCAGGCAAGAUUUGCAGUCAAUGGGGAAAACCAUAACUUCCACACCACCAACCAGCGCCUCCAGUGCUUUGGUGAUGUCAUCAUUCCAAACCCCCUGGACACCUUUGGCACCAUGCAAAUGCCCAGCUCCACAGACCAAACAGAAGCACUGCCCCUAGUUGUUCGCAAAAACUCAUCUGACCAAUCUGCCUCUGGCCCACCAGCUGGUGGCCACCAUCAGUCUCUGCAUCAGUCUCCACUUUCCACCACCACAGGCUUCACCACAUCUUCUUUCCGCCACCCCUUCCCUCUCCCGUUGAUGGCCUACCCAUUUCAGAAUCCAUUAGGUGCUCCCUCUGCCUCCUUUCCUGGGAAAGACAGAGCCUCCCCAGAAUCCUUAGACUUAACUAGGGAGACAGCAAGUCUGAGGACCAAGAUGUCAUCCCAUCAUAUGAACCACCACCCUUGUUCACCAGCACAUCCGCCCAGCACAGCUGAAGGCCUCUCCUUGUCUCUCAUAAAGUCUGAGUGUGGUGAUCUCCAAGAUAUGUCUGAUAUUUCACCUUUUUCUGGAAGUGCAAUGCAGGAAGGACUGUCACCUAAUCACUUGAAAAAAGCAAAGCUCAUGUUCUUUUAUACCCGUUAUCCCAGCUCGAACAUGCUGAAGACCUACUUCUCAGAUGUGAAGCACCUUUCAUCCAGAAGGAUCCCAAAGCGCUUUACAAACUGCAUACAUAGGGAUCACUCACGUACCACUGAAAUGCAGCCACCUGGAGGGUGGAAAGCGGCAGCCAUUUUGAGCCAGCAACACUACACAACAGUAGAUUUCAACAGAUGCAUUACCUCUCAGCUCAUCAAGUGGUUUAGCAAUUUCCGUGAGUUUUACUACAUUCAGAUGGAGAAGUAUGCACGUCAAGCCAUCAACGAUGGGGUCACAAGUACUGAAGAGCUGUCUAUAACCAGAGACUGUGAGCUGUAUCGUGCUCUGAACAUGCACUACAAUAAGGCAAAUGACUUUGAGCAGGUUCCAGAGAGAUUCCUGGAAGUCGCACAGAUCACAUUACGAGAGUUUUUCAAUGCCAUUAUCGCAGGCAAAGAUGUUGAUCCUUCCUGGAAGAAGGCCAUAUACAAGGUCAUCUGCAAGCUGGAUAGUGAAGUCCCUGAGAUUUUCAAAUCCCCGAACUGCCUACAAGAGCUUCUUCAUGAAUAGAGAUUUUCAACAACUCUUUCUGAAUGUAUGAAAAGUAGCAGUCCCCUUUGGAUGCCCAAGUUAUGUGUAUCUAAAUUUUGAUUUCAUAUACAUGUAUAUGGGAGGCAUAGAUAUGUUUAUGAAAUCAGCUGGUAAUUCUGCCUCCUCCUCAUGAACUCUCUCUUUUUUUUUCUUUUGUGUUGUUCUGUUGCAAGGGGAUACUGAAUUGUCCUUCUGCCUUCAGUUUACUUUUUGCCCAAGGCCCUUAACAUUUGGAGACUUAAAUGGGGUUCAUUUUCAGGGAGAAGAAUUUUGAAGUGGGUAAAGCCUGUCUUAGCAAGGUAGGGCAUCAUGUAUGUGAUGCUUCUGUCAGAUGCAUGGCUUGCUGCUAAGUGGCAUUUUGGCUGAGGGAAACCGGCAUCAUGGCACACUACUAUAGACAAUGAAGUUUCCUCUUGUUUUUACUGCUAAAGAGGUCUGAAACUCUAUGGAAUCACUAUUUAAGCUUAGUUUUAUUUUAUUUCGCUAAUUAUGUUGCUUUUGCUUUAAUCCCUAAAAACAGCUAAUGACAUUUUUUAGCAGCUCAUUGCCUAAAGUGAUACCCCCAGAAGACUAGAUUUCAAAUCAACAGAAAGCUAUCAACUUUUUCCUAAUAGGAAUGAUGACUACCCCCUCUCCCAAAUUAAUGACUUAGGUGCCAGUUUCUUAUUGAGGCAAACCAAUUUUGCACAAGAUUGGUCUUUUCAGGUUGAGACUGGCAAUUCAUGCAUGAUGGUCUAGCCACUUCUCUCAUUUUACAGUAUGGUCCUCUUGUUAAAAAACAGAACAUAUUUCAUUCUCCACAAAGUAAAACCUAAAUCUUUUCUAUUUAUCCUCAUCUUGCUUCAGAUAUUAAAAGGCACACAAGUUUCAAACCUACUCUUUGCUCAACUUUGCAUAAAGUUGUAUAAAAAAGAUAACUCUUUCCAUUUGAUAUUUAAGUUUCCACCACCCCCACCCCAUAUCAUUUUCUGAAUUACCUUUAUACAGGAAAAGAAAAAUAACCCCAUCCUGGACUUUCAAUUUCUGAUUAUGCUGGAAGCUUUUUAAUAGCAAUUAAGUUUGCUUGGACCUCAUUUUGUCAGAGGAACACAUAUAAGAAUGACCCUUGCCCCCCCCAAAAAAAGAUGAUUCUUUAAAUUCACAAGCAUUUAUUAAGCACCUACAAUGUGACAAAAUAAGUCAUAGAAAACAAUCCCCUGCUGUCUUGAUGGAUAUGCAAAGUGAUGACAACCUAACUGAGUUUUUCCUUGCUUUUCUGUGCAGCUUUUACAAAUGAAUGAUCUGCUACCCGUCUCUUCUAACACAGAAGCUAGUGUUGACCAAAAUAUGAGUCGAGUGAGUGUACAGUAUAGGAAAGUUUGGGAUUAACCUAAGUGACACUAUUUCAGCAUAAUAUAAGAAAGCUAGCUGCUAGUUCUUUGUGCUUUCUUCAAUGGUUCUCCUUUUUUAUUUUCAAAAUUUCAAGUGUAUACUGUCCAAUAUUUACUUUAAAAAACACAUCUGAUGGCAUUUAUACUUCUUUUUUUCUGAUUUCUUUUUGAACAGAUGCAGUAAGAAUUUAUUGUUCACUAGUGUUUUCCAUCCCCUCCCCCUCCAACAGGUAAUUUGGUUAAAAACAAUUUUCACUAUAUGAUUCAUUAACAAAUCUGGUAUUUAGAUCAUAGGGAACAUAAAUGUGGCAUUUCCUUAACUUUCUUUCUAUUCCAAAAUUGCAUUUGACUUUGGAGAGUGAAAGUUUACCCAUGUGACUAAAGAGCUGACCUGAUCACUGCAAUUUCACUUCAUUUAUAAAUACUGCUGAUAGACAGAAAUGUAUGAAAGCAAUUAUUGUCAGCACAAAGCCUUAAAAACCUGCUGACUUCAAAUUAAACAGCCCAAUCCUAUGAUGCCCUGUCAUUAUUCCCAAGCACAGGCAGGAUCCCUGCCGUAUAGACAAUGAAAACAAUAACAUGGGAUGAAGUGCCAGCAGCUUCAGAAUGAGUCAAACACAAAACACAUCUUUUCCAGCUUACUUUCUUAGAGGACGGGCACAUCGGGAUAUGUGUCUUCU